AAAAAAAAAAGAAAGAGAAAUGAGGAACCUCAGGGGUCCUACCAUCAAACCCACCGGCUAUAGACUCGUCGUUUGAUAUUCCAUUGAUCAAUUUACAACUUGGAUUAUUCAAUUCCCAUUUUUUCUUCUUCUUCAAAUCCGUAUUUUGGAAUUGAAUUGGGUAAUAUGGCGAAUUUGUAUGUAAGGGCAGUUCCGCCAACGGAUCUGAAUCGGAAUACGGAGUGGUUUACGUAUCCCGGUGUAUGGACGACCUAUAUAUUAAUUCUAUUUUUCGCAUGGCUCCUUGUUUUAUCCGUAUUUGGUUGCUCACCUGGCAUGGCUUGGACCAUCGUUCAUCUUUCUCAUUUUCUCGUCACAUAUCAAUGUUUUCACUGGAAGAAGGGAACACCAUUUUCUGAUGACCAAGGUAUCUACAAUAGGUUGACUUGGUGGGAGCAGAUCGAUAAUGGGAAGCAACUUACACGCAAUAGGAAGUUUCUAAUGGUUGUCCCUGUGGUGCUGUACUUGAUAGCCUCGCAUACAACUGAUUAUCAACACCCGAUGCUGUUCUUCAACACAAUCGCAGUUUUUGUACUGGUCGUUGCCAAAUUUCCAAAUAUGCACAAGGUUCGUAUUUUCGGGAUCAAUGCGGAUCAAUGAGCUGGUGUUCAACUGAAUACAUACCACAGAAAAGAAAUAGUACUAGUUGGUUUGCUUUUUAAGCAUUAUGAGUAAAAGUGGGAUGCCCCUGUACAGAUGCAAGUACUGGAAAGGGUAAUCAUUAUUUUGUAAAAGAAAUCAGCUUGUUCUCUCUUUGUAUGAACUGUUUGUAUGAGAAUGCUGAGAUAUCGAUUGAGUUAUGAUAUUAUUCUUGUAACCCGGUGUGGGCAAUACCUCAAUUUUCUUGAA